CUUUUCGUUAACCAAUUUUAACGCUACGACUUCCAAAUCUUUUCAGUAAUUUAGUAUCAGUGGUCUCUUAAGUUUGUUGUAAUAUUUCUGUGUUCUUCCUCUUGUAAUAUCUCAAGUAACAUAGGGGUUUUGAGGUUCCGUCUUCAUACUACCUUGAAGUGUUCACAGUAAGGCGGUUGGUUACACCUCUGGUUGGUUAGCUCUUGCGAUAAGGUGGACAGUGAUAGCCGAUACAGUGUAUCUGCUAGAAUCGACCGAAAGAUAAACAAUCUGCUUAAUAUGAACCGUAGUCUGCGUCUUAUCGUUUACCGUUCUUGGACUUUUCUCUGUCUGGUGUGUUAACGCUGCGCACAUCACGUGACUGCUGUUCGGACAUUUGAAUCGAUCACUGUUUCCAUUGCAUGUGACCAAGUGCGUCUGUCACUGCAGCUGAAAUUCGCGGUCAGAUUACAGACGAUCAUGCCUCAGCGGUAUAUGUCUGCCAGCAAACCUAGCCCAAAAUUAGGGAAAGAUAAGAACUCGGUGAAAAUCCGCAGAACGCGUCGCCGACAGACUACAUUAAAACCUUUACCGGAAGUAUGCGAGAAAGUCCCUCAGACUCCCUUGUACAUAUUUAAUCCUGAAGACGGUUGUCGUAACUGCUGUCCCAUCCGGCGUAGAGCAUUAACUGAAAGAUUGCUUAAAUGCAUGAACGUAAAGGAGACAGCAUCAGUGCACUCGAAUACAUCUUUAUUGACUGGUUGGCCUUCUGAUAUGAUCAAGUUUACCCUCUGUUUGCCAAGCAAACAGGUUGUAUCAGCAUCAAAUAAGAAGACAAGAAGAGACAAGAGGAACAACAGAGAUAGCUACACAGGGAAUAAUUACAAGUUUAUGACAACUUUCAAGCAUUUAGACAACCCAGAUGACUACAUCGUUCAAUAUCGAUUAUCCAAAUUUCCAAAACCUUCCAAUAAUCCGGGUCUAACACCAGUAACUCCAAUCACAAACCUUUGUAGAAAUGCCAAAGUCAGCAUUAAGAACAAUCCAACUGCUUCCCGAUUCCAGUGGUUGAAAGGUGUUUCAAAAACUGUACAGUCCAGAUUAGCCGCAGGUAACCGAGAUACCGGCCUCACUCAGGAAGGCCUGCGACGUUCCAAUCAGGUGAUGACUGGAAAACGGAAAUCAUUUGAAAACUUGAUGUCGUACGUAGGUCACCGGCGCUUGACUGUGCUUUAAUUCAGUCCUGAUAUGCAGCGAAUGGCGGCAUCAGUAGCCGAUCACAUCAAGGGAAUUGGAAUCAUCCUGAGUUCCUCUUUUAUGGAAAAUCGACGCACAAUAACGAUCCAAGAUCGUUUUAAAUCUGUCGAAAGCGAAAACGUUCAGUUAAAUAAUGGACACACACCUGAAUGCGGCGACACUUUGUGGAUUGUCAGUGGCACUUCAGUUAAUAAAUGAUCCUAUGUUGUUUUGCUUCAUGGCCUACACGAUAGCAAGGCAGAUGAAUGCGAAGUCAUUGUUACAAUA